UCCGGCCGGCCUCAGUCGCCCGCGACAUUCUGUCCGCGAUACGAUUCCACGUGUACGUGUCGUCGUGCCCUCCGUCGUCAGUGGACGCGCGCGUAUCGAUCUUCGUGGAUCGUGGCAGCACCCCCUCGAGAGAGAAAGAGAGAGAGAGAGGUGAACGGAAGAAACUCGUUGUGCGACCGGACAAUCGGAAAAUCGGAUAUCCGCCUGAGACCCCGCGACGGGGAGCGAACGUACGGAAGACGAUCUCGCGACCGGUCGUCACCGGGGACCGUCGUGGAGGACGGAAUUGACUCGUAACCCCGGGGACUGCCGGAGGGUGGAGGACCUCGGCGGUUUUCGGAGUGCGGAUCGAUAACUCGCGAGACGAUAACGCCCCGGCGAGUAGCCUUCGCUGUAGCCGAGCCUCCGGUGACGUUCACGUGACGUUCGGGGCGAGAUCAGAAGAGAGGCUCCCACUGGAGCCGCGCCAAAAAGAGUCGCUCGCGCGCGACUACCGUUGCUGCGGGUUCACCACGUGGUCGGCCGACCGCGCGAGUUCAGAGGGACGAGCCAUCGGCGAAGGAGCGAGGAGGGAUCGUCGCGCGAUGGAAUGAUCGGGGAGCGUCGCGAGUCGACACGAUGCGCCGCUGAAGGAGCCGUCAUCCGCGAGGAGGCAUCGAGAGGCAUCGUCGGGGAGGAACAGGUGCGCGCGAAAGCCGCCGCGGUCACGUGGCCCCCCGUGAUGAUGUAAGGCUGCCUGAGAAACCGGCGUUUGCGGUGACGAGAUGACGCGCGACAGGAGGCUGCUGCUGCUGCUGGGCCUGUUUAUGGCAUACGGCCUCUUCGUGGCCGAGUGCAAGUACCAUCAGGACGCGACGGAGGCGAGACAUCGGCACAGGCACAGGCAUGAGUCCUCGAAUCGGAGGAGUCAUCACGAGGCCGACCGGCGAGCCUGGCAGGAGGUCGAUUACGAGUACGACGGAGACGGCGAGGAGGACUCGGCCGCCGAGGAAGAGGAUUACCAGAUGCGAUCGUACUACGAUCAUCACCUCAGGUCGCGUCAGCAACCGAGGAAUUAUCACGGCCGGAUGUUCGAGCCGCGUUACCCGGCCAGGUAUUAUCACGGCGGGGCUUAUCGCGGAAGCGGCUGGUACGACGACACGGAGGACGAGAGGCGCGAGAUUUCGCCGCGAUACAACGCCAAGUAUCGCCGAUACGGCAGGACCUACCACGGGCGUCGCGCUCAUUCGCGCGAUCACGACGUUGGGUCGGGCUACGACGACUCGAAGGAGGCCUACCUCGAUCACGAGAGGUCGCACAGGUACGAGGACGGAGGGAGCGGUGACAGGCGUCCCGAGCGGUGGCGGAACUCCCGACGGCACGCGUCCCCGAGGAGGGACUGGAGGAGCCGGGCGACGCGUCUCGACGCCUCGAGGCAUCGCCUGAAGGAUCGCGACCGAGAGUCGAGAUGGACGGAGAACUGGAGGAGAAGAUCGAACUCGUCUUCGGACUACAAGUACGACUCGUUGAUCAAAGGAGAGAGCGAGUCGGAGGAGGAGGAGGACGAGGAUUACAAGGACCACGGCGGGCUCGAGGAGAGUGACAAGGACGAGGAGGAGGAGGAAGAUUACAUCUCGAGGAUCUUCGACGACAAGGACGAGGAAGAGGACGAGGGUGACGAGACGGAGGAGCUGGACAACGACUUCUACAAGAGCAGCAGGUCGAAGACGGCCUUAACCUACGACGACAUCAUCAAGAGACUCACGUCGGACGACCCGACCACCACGAGGACCACCGUCAAGAGGGAUUACCGGAACAUCGAGGACAGGAACCUCAAGCACCAGCCGAAGAACGGCUCCAGGCUGCUGGGUCCCUUCACGCUCGCCGCCAACAGAUCGCACGCGGUGAGCUCGAGCGUCAAAUCCGCCGUCCCGGACGAGUCUCAUAAGUCUCCGAAGAACGCGUACGAAGACGCGACGGUCCGGCGCGACUGGCGGGGGAGAAGCGGCACCGCGGUCAAGAGCGACCGCACGCACAAGAACAAGAGGGCCGAUCUGGAUUUCGACGGGUACAUGUAUCCCGCGGAUAACGUGAAGGAGGACGAUCUCGAUACAGCCGAGGAGGACUCGGACAUGCAGGCGGACGUCACCGAUACCGGUGACGACGACAACAACGGCGACGAGGACGAGGCUUCGGUCGAUACAACGUCAGCGUUCACCACGAGGAUGGCAGCGACGACGCCGAAGUGGUCGGCCAACCAGCACGGUAAGAACACGAGGCCCUAUGAAAGAGGCGCCGCCGCACCGUAUAAUGGGUACCAACAGCCGAAAAACGACUAUCCGCCGAUGUCUGCUCACAGCGUUUACAAGUGGCAGACGCUCGGCAGUCGCGAGAGCGUCAAACAGACCAGGAACAACAUGCAGCAGUACAAUAAAAACGAUGCUGCAUUGGUAGAAGCUGCAGAAUAUUGGAAGAAGGUAAACACAGAGGGCACCUGUAAGUGGCCGCGCGCCAAAGUCAUUCGAGUCAGUGACUCUUACCCGGAUUCGUCCGUCAUCUACCAUCCGCACUGCGCCAUAUUGCACGAGUGCUCGGACAACACCGGAUGUUGCAAGUCGGAAGCGCUCACCUGUGUGGCGAAGAAGUCCCAUCCCAUAAUGCUUACAUUCUACAUCUGGCGACUAUAUGGCGAAAGCAGCGAUCCCGACGGACGUGCGCGUACGCCGUACCGGAGGAUCUGGUUCGGGCAGAGCAGGCUUGACUCGAAGACCACGAGCGUGAGUCAGAAUGCCAGCAUAGUGAAGUUAAAGUUCUACAAUCACACGGAAUGCGAGUGCCAGGACAGGGACGACUUCGGCAAGAUCCCGCAAGGGCCGCACAGAACAAACCAACGCGAUCAGCCCAUCUCGCCUCCGCAGAACAUGAAGAGAACGUCAUCGAUAAAACCGUGCAAGUGCACGAAGCAUUUCACGCCGAGGAGGCGAUUCCCGCAAGACGCCUGUCAGUGUAGUUGUCAAGAAAAUAAUAUGAACUGUAUGCCGCUCAGCAGAGGAAAGAGACUUCUCGAACCCGCUGACAGAUUAUGCAUUCAAAAUAACGAGUGCACGAUACCCAAUUGCGAAUUUGGCAUGUACCUACCGUGGGAAGGCAAGUGUCCGGCGAGGAAGGACAUGCUCAGUGCGGCCACGAGCCACGCUAUGAACCGCCAAUUCAGAUAUCAGAGGAGGAACGAGCGAAGGAUUCGCGAAGGAUAAGCGCUCCCGUCGUGCCAAUGUCGACGGGAAUGCAACGCGUCAGAGUGCGCGGGGAAACCGAUGGUGCCAUUUACUUUUCUUUUCUCUAUCAAGUGCCUUCGUCAGAGACACUCGUUUAUAUGUGUAUGNCCCCCCCCCCCCCCGCGUCAUUAUGUAUAAAUGUACAUCGCUAUCCAGCGAGCGCUUGCGAAUAUCAUCGCUUAUUUUUCCUUUCAAUCGCGAUCGAACGAGGAUACGAAAUGAUAAUGACAACGAUCGUCGACUUCCGAUAGCAGUGAUCGGCGCGGGGAUACAGUAAAAAUAGUAUUUCGUUGUUUAAGCGAUAAGGAGACCCUUACGGCGUCGACUCGUAACGGCGAUUCGCCGAUGGAAGAGUGAGAGAGAAAGAGGGAGAGAAAGGGAGUGAAUGAACCCUUUCGCGUUGGCGUUUAUUCUAAUCGAAAUCUAAGGACGCGUGCUGAUCUAUUUAGAGCAUUCGGGAAAUAACGGAAGAUACAUUGCAACUGGAUUUAAAUCUACUCUGCACAGAAUUUCGCAGAAUUUUUCCAAGGGUUUCGUUAUCAUCGAUAUGAUAAACACUUAAGUUUUGAUCUUACAAAUUUUGCGAUUUUCUUAUUUCUGUAACUAACAACGCGCACAUUCGGCUCGCGGAGCUGUCUGAAUAACGUCGUUUCAACGCGCUAGGGGUUAAGAAAUAAAAUAAUUAAGCCUGCUUGGAGAAUUUUGAGCCGUUGAGGCCGAGAAAUAACGGAUCCCAUAGAGUUCUCUAUUUGGGAUAAAACGACGUGUGUAAAUGAAUAGCCGCUGGCAGAAAUCCAUAGACGCCGAUGGAAUAUUGUGAGCAAUAAUUUCCGGAGAGGCGUGAUUGCGCGGUAAAUGCGUGCCUUCCAAGGACGGUGCUCGUUAACCAACGUACGUCAACUGAAAUCCCACGGCGAGCCGCCGAAAUUACAUAGAUCUGAGAGGACGCGGCCAUGUCUCUCGAGUUAAUGGUAAUUUUAUGCGAUAAAGCGAUGUCUCGAUUAUCAUAGUUUACGCUGGGAAGACUUCGGACGCGAGCCUAGUCUGAGAUCCUGUCUCCGUUCUGCACGAAGAGGUCUGCGCUCGCUCGUUUAAUUUCGGGACUACAGAUUUGGCGAACUCAUUAAGAUCCCUCCGAUAUUGCCGGGCUUUCGACUGAACGAAGAGACGACUAACGUGCUACACUUGGCUAGACUUAGGCCACCGGAAACGUAUUUACGGAACCGGCGUGCGACGAGAUGAGAUACCAAAGUCCGAAUAGAAGCCGCGGGCAGCCGAUCGCGCAGAAUCGGGACAGAUCAUCAAUGUAUCCACAUUUUGUAUGUUACACGAUAGAGUAUCUUUAUUGUGUUUAAUCGAGCAUUAUAAUAUACGCCACGUUCGUUAAUUUAAUAUUUAAUCGGUAGGCGUGUAAAACCGGCCGUGAGGCGCUAUUCUCGCGCCUCCUUGCGCGGAUGAUGCAACACAAGGAGGGCUCUGAAACGUUGCAGCCACGUGUUUGUAACUUUGUAUUUUCUAUGUUAUUAGUGAACACACACACACACACACACACACACACACACACACACACACGCGCGCGCACAUAGACACACAGACACAGCAAAGUAGAUACCGCGAGGUAGGUCAAUUGUGUGCGCCGAGUCGUACCGCGUGCUUGGACUAUACGACUGUCGUGAGAGACAGCCGUUAUAUUGUUAAUACCGCCGCUUCUUUAUUACGAAGAAAACUAUAAUAUUAUCUGAGAAUAUGAAAUAUAUUAAUUACACAACC